GCUUGACUUUAAAGCAGGUCGGAUCACCCACACUUGAUCAUAACCAAACCAAACACAGACGAGAGAGCGCAGUUCCCGUGUCGAUGUACGAAAGACUGAUCCUGCUCCAAGAUGAGGAGAGAGGACCACAACAAGAAGACUGACCCAAAGACGGCCCACAAAUGCGACUCCUCUUGCCUCGGUCCCCUGACCUUCCAUCCCAGGGCCGUGGGAGAUCAGAUCCGUCUGAGCGAGGGCGGCCGACGUGCCCAGAGAGCUGAAGACACUUUCAAAGGUGGUGUUGUUUUCACCAGCCGCCCUGUGAGGACCUACGAGAGGGUCCGGGUGCUGGUGGAGAAGCGCGAGCCACACUGGCAAGGAGCCCUGCGCGUGGGCUUCACCAACGUUUCGCCAUUUACCAUACCCUUGCCUCUGCCCCCGUUUUCUAUGCCUGACCUCAUCCAAACCCCGGGUCACUGGGCCGUCCCUGUGCGCGAGUCCUACUGUCAGGAAACAUCGGUGCUGGAAUUCUGGGUCACAUAUGACGGCAACAUAUGUGUGAAAUUUGAAAACUCCAGGAAGAAAAGGCUCGGCGCAGCCGUGGAUGUCAGAAAGCCUCUCUGGGCCAUGAUUGAUGUCUACGGCCAGACGUGCUCCAUCUUCCUUCUAGGCUCAAAGACAAAUAGUUUUCUUUCCAAGAAAACAUCCUGCCCUGGACCUAAGCCUCCCAUCAGGCGAUCGUCAUCUAUCAGUUUUGAAAAGCCAAUGCUGAGUGAAAACUCUGAUGACAGGAUGUCCUGCCUGAACAUGGAAAUCCCAGCAGAUGACCACUGCGUGGUGUGCAUGGUGUGGCAGGCCGACAUCACGCUGCCCUGUGGUCACCGCUGCCUCUGCGAUCACUGCAACCUCAGAGUCCUGAUGGAGUUCGGUACCUGUCCGCUGUGUCGACUGGAGAUCAUCACUCCACCAGAGGUGUGGACGUGACCCUUUGGAGCAGGCUGAUCGCUGAACCUGCUGCAGAAAGCAUCGAAUGCAAACUAUUGACAGACUGUAACACUACGGACAGCAACCACUGAAUGAGUCCUGGGACAGAAGCCAAUAAUUGGGGGAUUUCUGAAGGAACAAAAAAAUCCCUCAAGUGAAGUAAAACCAGGAUUUUGAAAUGAAUAAACUUGAAAGUUGUGCAAGAGUAAAGGUUAUGAGAUGCUUCUAGUGUGAAGACACUUAUUAAUUGUUGCUAAUGACUGUUUUUUUGUUUUUUUUAAAUAUGGUUUUGUUGUUUUUCUAAAGCACUUUCUUUUGUUAUUUGAAAAGUCUUAUUUAGUCUCAUGAUGUUAUUUUUAUGGUAAAUAUGAUAUUAACUUUGUAAGUAUUUUUCAGGGACAAAAUGUAUAUCAUAUAGAAUGUAUUUUUUUUUUGUAUUGUCAUUAUUGCAAACUGUGGACAGGAAAAUAAAC